AUGAGCUUGCGUUACCAUGUGGAGCUAACAUUUGCUAAAUUAUACCUUUUCUCCAUAAAUGAAACUUGUCAAUUUGAAGACCAUUCCAUUGAUAAGCAUCGCAAGCGUUUUGCAUAUUCAUCGGUUAUCCUUGAACUGAAAGAAUUAGUUGAUCAUAUCAAUAACACUAUUCCUGAUGUCCCAGGAAAACAGCGUCUAGUUAGAAUGUGUCAAAAAGAGACGACUCAUUUUGAGUCGUUGCCGUCUGACUUAGCCGACGAUUCAGCUGUUUGUUCCAAUUUGCCAUAUUUCAAAGCGAUAACCACAAUAGCCAAUUCUUAUGGUAAUCGUCUUGUGGAUUUAUUAUGUCGUUAUCGUCUACCGUUGGAAUCAACUGUCAACAGUAGUAUUCAUGUACAGCAGUUUGAUGAUGAUGAUAAUCACAAUAAUGUUGUCAGUUCUCUUAAUGCGAUUCAUUCAAAUAGUAAUGAUUAUUUAUUACGAUGCGACAAACAAGACUCUCUGCUCGUUGAUUUAAUAUGUACACAAUCAGAUGAAGGUAUCGAUGAUUUUUCACGAUCUAGAACCUGUUAUGGUAAUGCAGAUGAAGCCAGUCUAUGGGCUCCUGCUUUGUGGAUUAAAGUUGUGACUCGUGAUUCAUCUCGUCUUAAUAAUGCUUGGCGAGGUGAAGCUUCUUCAAAACAUGUAGCUUGUUUGGGACGUCAAGCGGAAGAAUUAGUCCUAGCAUCUCACUGGUAUCAACGAGGUCAACCGAAAUAUUGGAUUCGUGUAAUCGUACAUUGGCUACCACAUGGAUCUUUCUGUGCUGAAAUCAAUGAUAUAGAUUCAGAUUUACGUGAAUAUCUUCAGAAUAUUGAUGUGACAUUACUUACUGGUUCUAAUCCAUGGAUUAAUAACUGUGAUAUUCCUGCUAUCAUUUUCAAAAGUCCUAACUAUACUGUAUCUCUUAGAAAUUUAAUCUUACCUGUAUAUAAAUUCAAGAAAUUUUUAAAUAGUUUUACUGAAUACGAUAACACGUCUGGUGAUUUCAAACAAUUUAAAUUUGAAGCUAUAGAAAAGAUACUGUCGUUGUUGAAUAGAUUGUACAAAACAGUUAAUCACGAAGAACAGAAGGCCAGUAUUCUUACUGAUGAAUUGUUAUUGUUUGAAGUGGAUGAUUCAUUGAAUUCCUUUAAAAUUACUUAUCCAAUGGAUGCAGUUUUACAGAAAUGUUCAUUAUGGCCAUUUCUAAUAGAUUCUUAUGGUCGUGUAGAUGAAGUAAAUCGUAUAAAUUUGGAUGUUUCAGCUUUGAUUGCUUUUGUCUCUGAACUGUCACAAUUCAAUCCAACAUAUUCUCCUACUGAUCAAUUGAUAUCAAUUGACAAUAAUGAUAAUCAUGCCGAAGCUAUAUCUGAUAAAAUUCUAGAAUGUUUACAAUCAGUAGAAAGACGUACACAAUUACUGUUGAACCAUCCUCCACUGAAACCAGAAAAAUUCGAAUGGCUAAUAGAAUCUGAAGCUGAAGUACCGGUACUUCUAUCGAUGGACAAAUAUCUUCGAGGCAAAGUACCCGUUGUAUGCUUAAGUGCUGUUCAUUCAUUUUUAAAUAUUCUUGCCUUAAUAUCUGGACCAAGUGAAUGGAAACGUGGAAUUCGAUUAAUUAGUCACUUAGUUAUAUUACCUGAUUUAAAUUCAUCAGGUGAAAUAAUUUCACCAUUUAGUAAAACAAGAGAAUCUAAGAGUUCCAAUUAUUUAUUAACUCAACGUAUCAUGGAAUUCGGCAAUGUAUUAGAAGCGCUGACAAUAACAUCCAAUGCUGGUUUCCUAAGAUCUGUCCGUAAAUCAAACCUUAGAUAUUCGGCAUUGUUGCUGCCUGCUCGUGCUCUAACAGAAACCACUCCACGUAAUGUUGGAUCAUCUUCAUGA